GGUCACAGACUGGCGGGCUGGCGCACCGGCAUGGGGACCCCGCGGGCGCCCUGGCCACUCGUCUGGGCCGUGCUGCAGCUGGGCUGGCGGCCAGGUUGGCUCCUAGACUCCCCGGACAGGCCCUGGAGCCCCCUCACCUUCUCCCCGGCCCGGCUCACAGUGCCCGAGGGGGCGAAUGCCACCUUCACCUGCAGCUUCUCCAACACAUCCGAACACUUCGUACUCAACUGGUACCGCAUGAGCCCCAGCAACCAGACGGACAAGCUGGCCGCCUUCCCCGAGGACAGCAGCCAGCCGGGCCAGAACAGGCGCUUCCGUGUCACGCGGCUGCCCAACGGGCGAGAUUUCCACAUGAGCGUCGUCGCCGCCCGGCGCAAUGACAGUGGCAUCUACCUCUGCGGGGCCAUCUCCCUGCCUCCCAAGGCGCAGAUCAACGAGAGCCCCCGCGCAGAGCUCACGGUGACAGAGAGAGUCCUGGAGCCGCCCACAGAGCACCCCAGCCCCCCACCCAGGCCCACAGGCCAGCUACAGGGCCUGGUCGUGGGCAUCACGAGUGUCCUGGUGGGUGUCCCGCUGGUCCUGCUGCUGACCUGGGUUCUGGCCGCCGCCUUCCCCAGGGCCAUUCAAGGUAAUGCCCCUGCCGCUGACUCCUCUCCCUCUCUCCCUAAGAAGGAGGGCCCCUCCGCUGCGCCCGUGUUCACUGUGGACUACGGGGAGCUGGACUUCCAGUGGCGAGAGAAGACCCCCGAGCCCCCCGCCCCCUGCAUCCCUGAACAGACUGAGUACGCCACCAUCGUCUUCCCCAGCAGGCCGUGUUCGCCAGGCCGCAGGGCCUCCGCCGACGACCCCCAGGGGCCACGGCCUCUGAGGCCCGAGGAUGGACACUGCUCUUGGCCCCUCUGAUGGGCUCCCUCCACUGGCCCGAGUCCUUCAGACCCUCUGCCGAGAGCCCAGGCGGCACCUUCCCUGG